AUGCCAGCUGGUUCGAUGGACGCCUUAGGUGCUUUCUCCUAUCUUUCGGACAACUUGCCCGAGUGGAUCACUCAAUUGUCUAAUCUGGCCGCUCAUACGGCUGCCAAACAUGCGGAAUAUGCCGACGAAUUCAAGAAGCAUGCGAUGGUGAUGCCGUGCCGUCGCAAGAAUAGCUCCAUCUGCUCCAUUCGAACCGCUGAACGUGCUCAUGAGGACCAACCAACUCCAACCGGUGCAGUCGAGUCGACUGAAGCUCCCCGAAUCCCUCGAAAACGCAGAACCGACGAAGCCUCGAUUGACCCAGACGACCGACACACCUUUGUGAGCAUGCGACAUAACCUUAUCAUUCACUACGAUGGCCACACUCAGAAGUCUCUGGAGGAUAUGGUACGAAACAUUGGCACUGCGAGAAAUAACAUCCGUCGCGGAAAGAUGUCCCAGUUACCACUCCAAGGCUUCCGUGGCGGGGCAUUCGGGAGGAGCACGAGAAGGAGUCAGGGACGGCUAGAACCGUCCGCACAAGAGACGCCGGAAGAUCAGUUGCUAUUGAACAUUCGCAGUGCACGGAGUCGGGGGCCAUUGGGUCCUCCUAAUCAAUGGGCAACGAAAGAUUCGUCAUUUGAUCUGGCUGACAAACAUCUCGAGGUAGCCCACAGCAUGUGUGAAACUGCGGCAUACCAGUUUUUGCGCUCGGGCGACUGCUCAACCCAAUUGAACUGUGUGGAUGAAAAAUUUAAGGUGUUACUCGAACUGGCAAGCAAAGAAGUCCAACGCCUCCAGGCCGAGCGGGAUGAAAAUGCCGAAGACGAAGACGAAGAAGAGGCAACUGAUGUUACCCCGGCGAAGUCGAACAUGGUGGAACAUGACAAGUUCUCUACCAACAAUGAAGACAUUGAAGUGGACGAUGGUUCCGAAUCAAUUGAGUCGCUGGAUCUGGCCACUUUCCGAGCCAACCGGCUGAGACGUUAUUGA